AUGGGACGGUUUGUGCUCGAAUGUCUGGUGUGUUGUUUGCUGAUAACAUUAGCGACAAGUCAAAAUGAAACCUUUUCGUUUGCCACGUUGGGACCGGAUACGGGAGUGGACCGCUUGCAGCGAAGUUCACAAAAGUUUGGCUUACAGUUUUACCAGUACGUCACCGAGCUGGUCGAUCAUGAUCCCAACGUGACGACGAUCAACAUCAUCGUGUCGCCGUUUUCGGUCUGGAAUCUAUUGACCUUGAUAACGGAAGGCGCCUCUGGGCGGACACUGGAUGAGCUGCUUGCCGCACUAGAUCUUCAGCAGCAGGAACAGAUACGCAACUUUUACAAACCAUUCGUGCAAAGCUUAAGUCUUCUGGAUCGAGAUGUACAGCUGGCAGCGGCACAGUACGUCAUCACCGACGAGAAUCGACCCGUGUCGAAAGAUUUCGAAACGAAUUUGGACCAUUUCUACAACCCCAGCGUACUGCAGCCGAUGAAUUUUGCCAAUCGCAAGCAAACGUAUGAUCGGGUUAAUCAGCUCGUUUCCGACGCAACCAAAGGGCAGAUACCGAAGGCGAUCGAAAUGAGCGAUCUGGAGGAGGCACGAUUGAUCAUGCUUUCGGUACUGUUCUUCCAAGGACAAUGGACGAUUCCAUUCAACCGAUCUUUCACCACGAACGUUCCGUUCUACGAUGAAAACGAUCAGCCGAUCGGUAUGGUAGAGAUGAUGUUCCAGAGGGGUAUUUUCCCGUUUGCCGGCUACAAGGAACUAGAUGCACAAAUUCUUGAACUUCCCUAUGGGGCCAAUCGGCAUCUGAGCAUGCUGCUGAUAAUGCCACGGAAAGGUGUUCCGCUUGUUGAAGUUAUCCGCAAGUUGACUGAAUAUGGCGUUGAUCGUGUCUUCGAAGAGCUCGACCGCAGCUUGGUAGAUUUUGAUGACGACGAGGUGGAGGUGCAUUUGCCAAGAUUUGAGUUUAACUCCGACUAUAAUUUGAUACCCAUCUUGAAUCAGAUGGGUAUCAAAGAAGCAUUCGAUUCUGGGGUGGCCAACUUUGGUAAAAUCUCCGAGCUGAACGCCAUUUACAUUAGCAGCGUAAUACAGCAAACCAAAAUCGUUGUCAACGAGGAGGGCACAAUGACGGCCGCCGUAACGACCGGUGUCUUCGCCAACAAGGCAACACCGCCACGCUUUUUGGCCAACCGACCGUUUGGUUUUAUGAUCGUUAAUAGACAGCAACGGACGAUCCUUUUUGCCGGACAAGUCAAACGGCCUAAUCUGGUCUAA